AUUGUCCCCCUUCGAUUCUCCAACAAAAAUUUAGUACUCUGUGUAUUUUCUUUUUCCCAAUAUUAUUUAAUAAUUAAAUUUGUAUUUCUACACAUUUCUGGUCAUUUUUAUUUAAACCCAGUGUGGCGGCUCAUUUGUCAUCACUCUAGAAUUCAGUCACAGAAAAUGGGUCGACCAACCAGUUCUUCAUCUUCCAUCGACAGCCCCAGCCACUUUGCUUUCUCAAGCACUGCUUCCUCCCAAAGGGACCUUACUACCGAUCUUCGCCUUGGCCUUAGCAUUUCAAUCGCUCCUCCUUUUGUCAGGUAUUUAUUUUUUCCGAUUGCGUACGGACCAGAUGCUUUUACAGUCCAUAACCAAAAGAUAUAUAUAUAUAUAUUCAGGGAGCAGUGGCCACCGAUGAAGGCGGCGGUUGCAGAAGAAGAGCACGAGUGCAACAGCUCAACAUUUUAUGUGAAGGUUUACAUGGAAGGGAUUCCUAUAGGGAGAAAACUAGACCUGUUGGCACACGAGAGUUACUAUGAUCUGAUAAGGACUCUGGAACACAUGUUCCACACAAACAUCAUCUGGGCAGAAGCAGAUAUGGAUAGAGAUCAUUAUGAGAAAUAUCAUGUGUUAACGUAUGAAGACAAGGAAGGGGAUUGGAUGAUGGUUGGUGAUGUUCCUUGGGAGAUGUUCUUGUCAGCUGUGAGGAGGUUGAAGAUCAGCAAGUGCUGAACUCUUGAUACAAAUUUUUUUCUAGACAAGUGUUGUUUAAGAAAAAGAAUAGGUAGUCAUAAAAUACAGGGUGGGAUGGUUUAGGAUUUUGAAUGUAUAUUCUCCAAUAUUGAAAUGAUAAAAGAGUAACAAGAAGCAUCAGUUUUGUCUUUUGGGCUCAA